AGACGUGGCAGACUUUUAUAAAUCGUCGAUUCGCGAAUACAGCUUCAUACAUGACAGCCAUUACAUGUAUACCAGAGAUCAAGAUCAAGCGACGAACGCCGAGGAUGUACUGUUCGAUAUGUUUAAAAAUGAAGAAACUGGCCUUCUACCAGUGGGCAAAUUUCUAGCUGCUUUAAGGACGACCGGUUUGCGAAACGACGACCCCAGACUUCAAGAAUUCUCGGACAACUUGCGAAAGGAACACUUGAAGACGGGAGGACACGAGGGUGUUUCCCACGAGACGCAAAAGCUGAACAGAGAACAAUUUAGAAGGAUUAUAAAUCCGAAUAUAGUAUUGAUCUCGAGAGCGUUCAGGCAUCAAUUCAUCAUUCCGGACUGGUCGGGUUUCACGAAACACAUAGAGGACUUCUAUUGGAAAUGCAAGUCGAACUCGGAGGGCAAGGUUGCCUCCUAUAUACCUCAGCUGGCCAGAAUGAAUCCGGAUUACUGGGGUGUUUCCGUAUGCACGAUCGAUGGACAGAGGUUCAGUAUCGGCGACACUUCGAUGCCGUUUACCCUGCAGAGUUGCAGCAAGCCGUUGACCUACGCGAUAGCUCUGGACAGAUUGGGUCAAGAGGUUGUCCAUCGAUACGUCGGCCAGGAACCAUCUGGCAGGAAUUUCAACGAAUUGGUCCUGGAUUACAACAAGAAACCUCACAAUCCUAUGAUCAACGCCGGCGCGAUACUGGUGUGUUCCCUGCUCAAGUCUCUGAUCAAGCCCGAGAUGGCUCUCGCGGAGAAAUUCGACUUCACGAUGAACUAUUUUAAGAGAUUGGCGGGCGGAGAGAAUCUCGGUUUCAACAAUGCUGUCUUCUUAUCGGAAAGAGAAGCCGCCGACCGAAAUUACGCGCUUGGAUUUUACAUGAGGGAACACGAUUGCUACCCCGACAAGACGAAUUUGCGAGAAAUAAUGGACUUUUACUUUCAAUGUUGCGCGAUGGAAGCAAAUUGCGAUACGAUGGCCGUCAUGGGCGCCACCCUGGCCAAUGGUGGCAUAUGUCCUAUCACCGAGGAGAAGGUCCUGAAGCCCGACAGUGUGAGAGAUGUCCUCAGCCUGAUGCACAGCUGUGGCAUGUACGAUUACAGUGGUCAAUUCGCUUUUAAGGUUGGUAUACCAGCCAAGUCUGGAGUGUCGGGAAGUCUUCUCGUAGUUAUUCCAAACGUAAUGGGAAUCUGCACGUGGUCACCACCGCUGGAUCCUCUUGGCAACUCGUGUCGCGGCGUACAGUUCUGCGAGGAGCUGGUCUCGGAAUUCAAUUUUCACAGGUACGACAACCUGAAACACGCGACGAACAAGAAGGAUCCCAGGAGGCACAAGUACGAGACCAAAGGGCUGUCUAUCGUGAACCUUUUGUUUAGCGCGGCCAGCGGCGAUGUUACCGCUAUGAGAAGGCAUCGACUAAGCGGUAUGGACAUGACGUUGUCCGAUUACGACGGCAGGACUGCCCUGCAUUUGGCUGCCAGCGAAGGCCAUCUAGAUUGCGUUGAAUUUCUGAUCGAGCAGUGUGGAGUUCCCCACGAUCCCAAGGACAGGUGGGGCAAACGACCCGUAGACGAAGCGGAAACCUUUGGACACAUGCAGGUCGUAGAGUAUCUGAACGAUUACGCGAUAGCCCGUGAAACGGACUUGGAAAACACGGAAAACCAAACCGACAACGACAAUACCGACCCGAGAAAAGUCGUGGACACCACGGUUCGAACUCCGCUUCCUUAA